AUGGCCGCCUCCGACGUUCAGAACCCUGCCGUGCAGGCCGAAUCCAAGUCCCAGAAGAAGAAGAAGGCCAAGGCUGCUGCCGCCGCUGUUGAGCGCACCGAGUCGCCCGCGCCCACUGCCUCGCCUGCCGGCGAGAAGGCUACCGAUGCUGGCGAUGAUGCCUCGGAGAGCCCCUACGUCCGUGAGCUUCAGAAGAAUAUUCGCAACAUUAACAAGAAGAUCUCCAACAUGGCCAAAACCGAGGCCGUUAUUACCGAGAACCCCGGCAAGUCGCUUGAACAGCUCCUUGCCGCCAAGCUUAUCAACGCCGACCAGAAGGCUCAGAUCAGCAAGAAGCCCGCCCUUCUCGCCCAGCUCACCCAGAACGAGGAACAGAUUGCUCAGUUCAAGAAGCUGGACUCAGAGUACCGCGCCAAGGCCCAGCAGGAUAAGGCCGUCCAUGAGAAGGAGAAGGCCGAGCUGAAGACCUACUACACUGAACAGAUCGAGAAGGAGGUUGCCGCUGCUGUGGAGGCGGCCAAGAAGUCGUCCAAGGGUGACGUGGACACUGCCGUCUUCGAACACCUGAAGGAGGUCUCUGGCUUCCUCCGCCUUGCCGCUGCCCGUCGUGAGGACCCAGCCGGCCAGUCCGAGGAUGCCGGUCGCGCCAUUGAGGGAGUUCUUGGCAACAUGUACGUUGGCGACGACGAUGCCGCCGGCAGCAUGAUCGCCCUUGUUCGUGGCAGCAACGAGCGCACCUUUGACGUUGAUGGCACCUUCCUGGAUGUGACUUUCGCCGAUCUCCGCACCUGGGCUCGUGCUUACAUGAAAGAGGCCCCUCAGGUUCGACGGGCUCCCGAGACCGAGCAACUCGAGACUGAGGGUGAUGCCCAACCUGCCGCUGCACCUGCUCCUGGCACUGACCUGACGGUCGCCAAUGCCAGUCUCACUGAGAUCACUGCUGGCGACGAUGCUGCUCUUGUCAAUGGUUCCGCCUCCGAGAACGCCCAAACUCCAGUUGCCAGCAACGCCGAUGCCAGCAACGAGGCCGCCAAUGCUGCUGGCGACAAGUGGGAUACUGGUAACGACCUUGGCGCGUCCGCCAUCUCCCAGGAGUGGGUCAACAUCCCUCGCGACCCUGCCGAGACCGAGACUGGCCUAGAGGCCACUCCUGCCAACGCCAGCAACACCCAGUCUUGGGCUGAUGACCAGCCCGAGCAGCCCGUCCAGCCCGCCGUUUCCGCUGACCCUAACGAUGGUUUCCGCCAGGUGCCCGGCCGCAACCGUGGCAAUGGCAACCGUGAAGGUGGCUCUGGGUUCCGUGGCGGACGUGGUCGUGGUGAUUUCCGUGGUGGCCGUGGUGGAUUCCGUGGUGAGGGCCGUGGUCGCGGCCGCGGACAGCGCGGCGGAUCCUCGUCCACGCGCGGUGGCCCCCGCCGUAACGAAGAGUCGUAG